AUGAGCGGUCAAAAAGUAGAUUACAGCCUAUAUCUCGUGACUGACUCCACAGAAGCCAUUCUCGGCUCCCGCAACUUGGUUGAUGUUGUUGAACACGCUUUACUCGGCGGUGUCACCAUUGUUCAGUACAGAGACAAGACCUCUGACACCGGCCUCCUCAUCUCGACAGCAAAAGCCCUGCAUGAAAGAUGCAGAGCACACGGCAUUCCCCUUGUUAUAAACGACCGUGUUGACGUCGCAUUGGCCGUCGGUUGUGAGGGUGUGCAUCUGGGGCAGGAUGACAUGAACGUAGUCGAAGCCCGUGGUAUCCUGGGCAAAGACAAGAUCAUCGGCGCCACCGUCUCUUCCGUCCAAGAGGCCCAGGUUGCCGUUGAACGAGGAGCAGACUAUUUGGGCAUUGGCACUCUCUACGCCACGAACACAAAGAAAAAUACAAAGGAAAUAAUCGGCAUUCCUGGUAUUCGCAAGAUACUGGGAUACCUUGACCAAGGGAGCGAAGCAGAAAAGAACGUCAAGACAGUGUGCAUAGGUGGAGUGAACGCCUCGAAUGUGCAGCGCGUAACUCACCAACUUCUUGCUCCAACACCUAUCCAACCCAAGCCCAAAACCAUUGACGGCGUUGCCGUAGUAUCAGCCAUAGUCGGGGCCUCUGACCCCAGUGCUGCCUCACAAAACCUAUUGAAGCUUCUCAAAACCCCACCACCGUUCAAACUCAAGUCGACCGAGCCACACUUUCGGCACGAGAAGGAUAAAGACGAAAUCACGUCUCUCCUAGCCCAAGCGGUCAAAGGCACACAAAGGGUCAAGCAGCUGGGUCCGUUAUCCCACAACAUGACCAACCUCGUUGUCCAAAACUUUGCCGCCAACGUCGCCCUCUCCAUUGGCGCCUCGCCUAUCAUGGCAAACUACGGCGAGGAAGCCCACGACCUGUCCCAACUCGGCGGUGCCUUGGUCGUGAAUAUGGGUACCGUUACUCCUGACGGCAUUCUCAACUACCAAAAAGCCAUAUCCGCAUACAACGCCGCCGGCAGCCCCAUUGUCCUCGAUCCCGUAGGCGCAGGCGCAACAUCCGUCCGGCGCGCCACCCUCUCCACCCUCAUGGGCACCGGCUACUUCGACCUGAUCAAAGGAAACGAAAAAGAGAUUCUAGCCGUAGCGCGUGCAUCCGGGUACACGGUGACGGACAGCUCGCAGCAACGCGGUGUAGACAGUGGCGCCUCGCUCUUCUCGCUAGCCCAAAAAGCAUAUCUUGUCCAGCGCCUCGCGGCUCGCGAGCGCAACCUCGUCCUCAUGACAGGCGCGAUAGACGUGGUAUCCGAUGGCAUACGCACAUACGCCAUUGCGAACGGACACGAGUAUCUCGGUCGUAUCACGGGCAGUGGGUGUACACUAGGUACCACAAUAUCCGCCUACCUCGCUGCUAACCCCGAGGAUAAACUUCAUGCCGCUGUAGCUGCCAUUUUGCAUUACGAAAUUGCGGCUCAGAUUGCUGCUGAGCGACACGAUGUCAAGGGCCCUGGCACAUUUGUACCUGCAUUUUUAGACGAGUUGUGGAAUUUUGGUGAGGCGGUUGUAAAGAGUGGGGGCGACGCCUUGCUGCGGGAGAAGGCAAAAGUGCAGUGUCUUAAGGACAUAACGGAUGCGGGCUUGUUGGAAGCCUUGUGA